UCCUGCCCUUGGACUCACCUGGAUUCUGAAUCCCUCCUUGUUCACCGAGCAAGAGGAGGGGGCUGUGAUCUUUAAGAGAAUAUGAUCUUGGGAGAUUACUGCUCUGUACCCAAGCUAUGUGUAUAUUUUGUACCCAGGGCUACUAUUUUAUGAUUUCUUACACAGACGAUGGUGAUUUGAAAACCAAACGGAAUCUAGGAUCAGAGACCCCUACUGACUAGCCAAACCACUUUUUUUUUUUCCUACCUGUGGGGGGAUUGUCAUGAGGAUUAGUGGACAUGAGUAGCACUAUAAAAACUGCUAUCAAUCAUUCAUGUUCCUAAUGUCUAUUGAUCAGUGACUAUAUUCUAGGCUAGGCUAUUCCUAUAGUGAGCAGAAACUGUCCCUACCUUCAAGUAUAUAGUCUAAUGGGGGUGGCAGGUGUUCAUUAAAAAUCGCACAAAUAAUGUAAUUAGAGCUGAGACAAGUGCUGCCCAGGAGAGAGGCAGAAAGUCCCAGGUGUCUUUGGCCCAUGGAAUAUUCUGUGAAUUCUAUUUCCCUGCAAUCAAAAGAAAUCUAUCCACUUUGCUAAUUUGUCCCAAACUUUCUUGCUGGCUUCUAAUACUCUAGGUCAACCAAUCAAUGCCUCAGACAAAUAAGCAAAUAUGCAUCCCCCCGGAGCUGCCGGAAUUGCUGAAGCAAUUCACCAAAGCCGCCAUUCGGACCCAGCCACAGGAUCUCAUCCAGUGGGCAGCUGAUUAUUUUGGGGCUAUGUCUCGUGGAGAGAUUCCUCCAGUGAGAGAGCGGUCUGAGCGAGUGGCUUUGUCUAACUGGGCAGAGCUUACACCUGAGCUGCUAAAGAUCCUGCAUUCUCGGGUUGCUGGCAGACUGAUCAUCCAUGUAGAUGAGCUGGCCCAGAUAUGGAAGGUGCUGAGUCUCCCAACAGAUCUGUUUAACAGUGUGAUGAACGUGGGCCGCUUCACGGAGGAGAUUGAGUGGCUGAAGUUUUUAGCCCUUGCUUGCAGUUCUCUUGGAGUUACCAUUGCCAAAACUCUCAAGAUAGUGUGCGAAGUGUUAUCAUCUGACCAUGACUGUGGACCUCCCCGGAUCCCAUUUAGCACCUUCCAGUUUCUGUACACAUAUAUUGCCGAAGUGGAUGGGGAGAUCUCUGCCUCACAUGUCAGCCGAAUGCUGAACUACAUUGAACAGGAAGUAAUUGGUCCUGAUGGUUUAAUCAAGGUCAACGACUUUACCCAAAACCCCAGGGUUCGGCUGGAGUAAAAGCACAGUUUUGGCAAUUUUAAAGGAAGAUACAGAGAUGAUUGAGCUUCAGAAUGACUGAAUCCCACGUGCCAUCCAAUGUCAAUUUUCUUGUACAACUGGUACACACUAAUAAACAAUUAGGCAAACAUGCGAAACCA